AGGGCCCAGGAGGGGGGUUGUCGCGGCUUUCGCGGCUUCGGACGCGUAGCAGCUGCCUGUUCCUUCGGGUGCUGUGUUGGCCGCCGCCAUGAGCUACACAGGCUUUGUGCAGGGAUCUGAAACCACUUUGCAGUCGACAUACUCGGACACCAGCUCUCAGCCCACCUGUGAUUAUGGAUAUGGAACUUGGAACUCUGGGACAAACAGAGGCUACGACAACUAUGGCUAUGGCUAUGGCUAUGGCCAGGAUAACACCACCAACUAUGGGUAUGGUAUGGCCACUUCAAACUCUUGGGAAAUGCCUAGCUCUGACACAAAUACAAACCCCAGUGCUGCUGGUAGCGCCAGUGCCGAUUCCGUUUUGUCCAGAAUUAACCAGCGUUUAGAUAUGGUGCCUCAUCUGGAGACAGAAAUGAUGCAAGGAGGCAUGUAUGGCUCAGGUGGAGAAAGAUAUGAUUCCUACGAGGCCUGUGACUCCAGGGCCGUCCUGAAUGAACGAGAUCUGUACCGGUCAAGCUAUGACUACAAUGAGCUUGACCCUGAGAUGGAAAUGGCCUAUGAGGGCCAAUAUGAUGCCUACCGUGAACAGUUCCGCAUACGUGGUGGUGACACCUUCGGCCCUCGGGCCCCAGGCUGGGCCCGGGAUGCUCGGAGUGGCCGGCCAAUGGCCUCCGGCUAUGGGCGCAUGUGGGAAGACCCCAUGGGGGCCCGGGGCCAGUGCAUGCCUGGUGCCUCCCGGCUGCCCUCCCUCUUCUCCCAGAACAUCAUCCCUGAGUACGGCAUGUUCCAGGGUAUGCGUGGUGGGGGCGCCUUCCCAGGCAGCUCCCGCUUUGGUUUUGGGUUUGGCAAUGGCAUAAAGCAGAUGAGGCGGACCUGGAAGACCUGGACCACAGCUGACUUCCGGACCAAGAAGAAGAAGAGAAAGCAGUGUGGCAGUUCUGAUGAACCAGAUAACAAAGCCACCCGCACUGACUGUUCAGAUAACAGUGAUUCAGAUAAUGAUGAGGGCACUGAAGGGGAAGCUGCAGAGGGCCCUGAAGGCACUGAGACUAUGGAAAAGGGCUCCAGAGCAGAUGAAGAUGAUGAUGGAAAAGAGGAGGGAAAAGAAGAAGGCAAAGAGGAUGCAGAGAAGGGAGCAUUGGGCAGCCAGGAUGAGAACUGCCAGGCCAAGCGCAAGUUGCAGGCAGGCAAGAAGAGCCAGGACAAGCAGAAAAAGCGGCAGCGUGACCGCAUGGUAGAAAGGAUACAGUUUGUGUGUUCUCUCUGCAAAUACCGGACCUUCUAUGAGGAUGAGAUGACCAGCCACCUGGACAGUAAGUUCCACAAGGAGCACUUUAAGUAUGUAGGCACCAAGCUUCCCAAGCAGACAGCUGACUUUCUGCAGGAGUAUGUUACCAACAAAACCAAGAAGACAGAGGAGCUUCGAAAAACCGUGGAGGACCUUGAUGGUCUGAUCCAGCAGAUCUACAGAGACCAGGAUCUGACCCAAGAAAUUGCCAUGGAGCAUUUUGUGAAAAAGGUGGAGGCUGCCCAUUGUGCAGCCUGUGAUCUCUUCAUUCCCAUGCAGUUUGGGAUCAUCCAGAAGCACCUCAAAACCAUGGAUCAUAACCGGAACCGCAGGCUGAUGAUGGAGCAGUCUAAGAAGUCCUCGUUAAUGGUGGCUCGCAGCAUUCUCAACAAUAAGCUCAUCAGCAAGAAGCUGGAGCGGUACCUGAAGGGUGAGAACCCCUUCACAGACAGCCCAGAGGAGGAGAAGGAACAGGAGGAGGCCGAGGGGGGCACUCUCGAGGAGAGGGCGCUGGUCGAAGCGACAGCGAGCGCAGAGAGUGCAGAGGGUGCGCCGGUGCAGCCUCCAGUACCCCCAGAGCCGGUCCCUGAGGCCGCUACGCCGCCACCACCACCACCCCCUCCAGAAGAGGAAGAGAUCGUUCCCCUGCUGGGUGGCGCGCUCCAACGCCAGAUCCGCGGAAUCCCGGGUCUCGAUGUCGACGCUGAUGACGAUGAGGAGGAGGGUGGUGGAGGCCACCCAUAACCGGGGUUCGGGGCGGGCCAGGCCCGCAGGGCCUACACUGGAAGCCAACCCCAAUAAAGCGAUUCCCACCCUUC